CCUGAACGUCUAGACUACGCCUCUCGCGAUGGCACUGCCAUCCGUGACUACAUCCACAUCCUGGAUCUGGCCAACGGCCACCUGCUAGCGCUCAACUACCUGCGUGCGAACAAGCCUGGUGUUCGCGCCUGGAACCUGGGUACUGGCCGUGGCAGCACUGUCUACGAGAUGAUCCGCGCCUUCUCGGCCGCGGUGGGCCGUGACCUGCCAUACGAGGUUGCUCCUCGCCGUCCGGGUGACGUGCUGGACCUGACGUCGAACCCUACGCGGGCGAACAAGGAGCUGGGCUGGAAGGCCGAGCGGACGCUCGAACAGGCGUGUGAGGACCUCUGGCGCUGGACGCGGAACAACCCUCAGGGAUACCGACAGCAGCCGCCGGCCGAGCUGCUUGAGGCGUUGAAGAAGAAGAACUAG